AUGGACAACCAGUGGCACAUUCAAGGAGCUUUACUGGAUGACGAGCUGGAUGAUGAGGAGCUCGACAAUGUCCUUAUAGUGGGAGUACAUGAAUCCGCUGCUUUAACCCUAAUGUGCCUGAGCCAUGAUGAGAGGCACCGGGUGCUAGCCGAGCGGUUCCAACAUUCAAUGGAGACGAUUGAUCGACACGUUCGUCGUGUCUUACGAGUUUUGGUUCGGCUAGGUCGUGAUCUUGUUAGGCCAAGAAACGUCGAUGACACUCAUCCAAGGAUUUUGAACAAUGGUUUGCUCAUACCGUGGUUCCAAGAUUGUGUAGGAGCCUUAGAUGGGACCCACGUAUCUGCUUGGUGCAGAGCAGAGGUAAGAGAAAGGUUCAGAAAUUGGUAUGCCGACUUAUCCCAGAAUGUACUUGCUGCCUGCGAUCAUGAUAUGCGGUUUGUCUUUGUUCGGGUCGGUUGGGAGGGUAGUGCUCAUGAUGCCCGAAUUCUCCAAGAAACCUUGCUUGAUCCGGGGAAAUAUUAUGCGGUAGAUGCUGCCUACAGAAAUAUGCCAGGGUUUAUGGCACCGUUUAGGGUUGUAUGGGGCACGCAUCAUGAGCGAGCAGCUAAAGCUCUGUUCAAUAGGCGACAUGCAUCGGUUAGAAAUAUUAUUGAGCUCACAUUUGGAGUUCUUAAGAAGCAUUUUCCAAUACUCAAAGGGUCAAUGCAAAACUACUUGAUAGCAAUGCAAAAUAAUAUUGUGCUUGCAUGUUGUGUUUUGCACAAUUUUAUGCGCGAUUAUGUGCCAAAUGACGAGUACUUCAAUGAAGAAGCGGCAAAUGGAGCCUUUCCAGAUGCACACAUAGCAGGAGAACAAGUGCAGAUGGGUCAACCUAUCGAUAUGUCGCAGCAGGGCAUAGAUAACUAG